GCUCCCAUUCUGAACUAUCGAAUAUUUUCGAAUAAGUCCCGAUCCUCUGGUGAGAGGAGAAAGGCUUAUUGUUGAUUUUAAAGGCAAUUUAUCAGAGCAAGUCAUGAAUGGCGCUGCCAUUGAUGUCAAGGUCAAAUAUGGCAUCCUACAGGUACUUAAGCAAACAUUUAACUUUUGUGAAUGGGCUGAAGUGGUCAAUGAGCACUGUCCCUUUCCUGAAGGGCAACUUGAAAUUCAUAAGCAACUUGAUAUACCUAAAGAAAUACCUUCUGGAAUGUACUCUUUGCGGGCUGAGGUCAAGUUGGCGGAAAAUAAGAGAGUGACUUGUCUUAUUGGAUCAACCCAUUUAUCAUAACUGAAAUAAAAAUAUAAAAAAAGAACUGCUUGCAUAAUUAAAUACAAAUGGAUUCUCUGGUUCAUAAAGCCUCUGAAGAGUUGGGUGAGAGGCUAUCAGUAGAUUCGGUUACUAAAUCAGCCAUGGACAGUUUUACA